ACUUCCGGCGUGCGUUCGCCUUCUAUUGCGCUCUCCUGUUAAUGGCGGGCGGCGGCUGCUGAGCGGGACGCUGAUAACCGCUGCCCGCACGGGGAAAGUCUCCCCUGACUCCCGCUUUCUGCUCCCCGCCAUUUCCGGAGCUCGCCAGCAUGUCUGUGGUUCCACCCAAUCGUUCGCAGACGGGCUGGCCCCGGGGGGUCACCCAGUUUGGCAACAAGUACAUCCAGCAGACCAAGCCCCUCACCCUGGAGCGCACCAUCAACCUGUACCCUCUUACCAAUUAUACUUUUGGUACAAAAGAGCCCCUCUAUGAGAAGGACAGCUCUGUUGCAGCCAGAUUUCAGCGCAUGAGGGAAGAAUUUGAUAAAAUUGGAAUGAGAAGGACUGUAGAAGGGGUUCUGAUUGUACAUGAGCACCGGCUACCCCAUGUGUUACUGCUACAGCUGGGAACAACUUUCUUCAAAUUACCUGGUGGUGAACUUAACCCAGGAGAAGAUGAAGUUGAAGGACUAAAACGCUUAAUGACAGAGAUACUGGGUCGUCAAGAUGGGGUCCUGCAAGACUGGGUCAUUGAUGACUGCAUUGGUAACUGGUGGAGACCAAAUUUUGAACCUCCUCAGUAUCCAUAUAUUCCUGCACACAUUACAAAGCCUAAGGAACAUAAGAAGUUGUUUCUGGUUCAACUUCAAGAGAAAGCAUUGUUUGCAGUCCCUAAAAAUUACAAGCUGGUAGCUGCACCACUGUUUGAAUUGUAUGACAAUGCACCAGGAUAUGGACCCAUCAUUUCUAGUCUCCCUCAGCUGUUGAGCAGGUUCAAUUUUAUAUACAACUGAAUACCUGCAGCAGAGGAGAAGUAAAAGAAGCCGUCUCUGUGAGCACAGCUAUACACAGUGUAGAAGAAUAAACGUCUUAGUAAAGUUUUUUUGGUUUUUAUCCCUUUCCCAAUCCCUAAAUUGCCGCUACUUUCUAUUGUUUGAAUAGUAAAGUUAAUAUGAGGAACUAGAGAGUGGUGUAAACAAAUGUGAUAAUGUUUAUUUACUUUUGGUUCUACUCAUAAUUUUUUGUACAACAUUAAAGAGAGCAAACUUCUUUCUAUUUGUAUUCUUUUUUUAAUUUCUCAUUAAACUUUGAAAAUCUCAAAA